AUGAGCGCCCUACAAAGCCAUCCAGCAUGGCAGAUCCUGCUCGACAAGAAGACAAACAAGCCAUAUUACUACAAUCGAUCCGCCAACAUCAACACAUAUACCGUGCCCGAUGAUCUUUUGACACCGGCGCAAAAAGCUACCGGAUGGGCUCAGACCACGGCUGAUGGAGGUAGAGUCUACUUCUUCCGCAAGGACGACAAGACAAAGACAUCAUGGACACCACCCCCGGGCUGGGAAACCCCUGCUGCCGCUCCUGUUCAGGAAGCUCCGCAAUUCGUGUCAUCUAGCUUCCAGGCCCACCCUCCUGCACGCGAACAGAGAGGCCCUCGAGAGAGCAGACCCUUCCACGACCGUCGCGAGGAGAGCAAUUACAGAGGACCCAUCGCCGUCGCCGCCACUGGUCCCGAAUAUGCUUCCCGUGAAGAGGCCGAGGCAGCCUUUACCAAGCUGCUGAGAAAAUCUGGCGUUCAACUAGGUUGGUCCUGGGAGCGCGCAAUGCGUGCCACUAUUCAGGAUCCUCAAUACCGUGCCAUCAAGGAACCUAGCGAGAGAAAAGCCGCCUUCGAAAAAUACCUCGACGAUGUCGUGCGCGAAGACCAGGAGCGCGAGAAGGAACGCAUCAAGAAGCUCCGUUCCGACUUCCGCUCAAUGCUGCAGACACAUCCUGAGAUCAAGCAUUACACACGCUGGAAGACUGCCCGCCCUAUGCUUGAGAACGAAGCCAUCUUCCGUGCUACUGACAACGAAGACGAGAAGCGCCGCCUAUUUGACGAUUAUCUUAUUGAUCUCAGAAAGGCUGCUGAGGACAAGCGCCAGCGCGACUACGAUGCUGCCAUGACAGGCGUCGCUGACCUCUUGCAAGUCCUUGAUCUCAAUGCCAAAUCGCAAUGGAUGGAAACCCGCGAACGCCUCCACUCCCACCCCGACUUUCAGGAAGACCCCAAGUACAAGAUCCUAUCACCCUCCGAGCCUUUACAAAUCUUCGAUCGCUACAUGCGCAGACUUUGGAACGAUGCCCACAACGAGAAGCAACGCACUGCUCAGCUCAAGGCUCGCGAACAGAGGAAGGCCAGAGAAGGCUUUGCUGCUCUCCUCGCCGAGCUAAGAGAAGCCGAAACCAUCAAGCCCGGCACCAUGUGGAAAGAGGUCUACCCUUUGAUCGAGAACGAGCCGCGCUACAUCAAGUUGAUGGACAAUCUAGGUCACAAAGACCGUAUCGCUGACGGUUCCACUCCUCAGGACAUCUUCUUCGACUUCCUGGACGACUUUGACAAGGAAGUCCACGACAUCCGCCCUGCAGUCGAGGCCACCCUCAAGGAAGAGCACUUCCGUUUCGUUCCCUCGACCACCCUCGAAGAAUUCUUGCACGCCAUCAGACACGACCGCCGCAUUUCAUCCAUGAACCCGCACCUUCUGGAAGAGGUAUACAAGAGACUGCACAGAAACGCCCUCGACAGGGAGGAGGACAUUGAACGUGACGCCAAACGUCAGCAGCGUAAGGCUGUUGAUGCCUUGCGUUCUCGAAUCAAGCAUCUGGAACCACCAGUACUCAUUGGCGAUACAUGGGAGCAGGUGCGUCCGCGUGUUGAGCGCAGCGAAGAGUAUAAGGCCGUGACGAGCGAUGAGGACCGCCAACUCGCCUAUGACAAAUUCAUGAACAGGCUCAAGGAAGAUGCUGCUGAACGGGAACGCCUGCGCCGCCAUGACAGAGAACGCGAAAGAGACCGUGAUAGACGCCGAGACCGAGAGCGCCGCCGUAGCCGUUCACCACCUUCCCGUGAGGUUGACGCAUACGAAGCCGACCGCCGCCGCGCUGCCUCCGAACGUGAGCGCCAGUACCGCCACUCGAGCAUUAGCGGGCUUUCGCCACCACCCCGUGAGCGUCCGAGAGUCCGCGACGACCGUUACGAAAGAGAUGUGGGCGACCCAAGAAGAGAAAGACAAGUCAGUCUAUCCAUCUACGACCGCGAGAGACGAGAACGCGAGGCCGAACGUGAGAGAUCGUACAUUAGUCGUGCCGACCCGCGCACCAAGGCCAGCGAACUUGACUACGGUGAUGGGGGAGACAGCCCCAAGCCUGAGAGCACCUCUGGUGGCAACAACAGCAACAAGAGAUCUGCAGCUGGAAAUGGGGACAGCGAUGCAAAGAGGCAGGCCAAGCGCCCUCGUGUCGGUGAGCAUACCUCUUCCCGCAAUGUUACUCCCGCUCCCUCGACUGCAGAAAAUGACGAGCCUGCGCUGCAGUCUGGCAGUGAAGAGGGCGAGAUUGAAGAAGUCUAG